UUCUUUCUGUUGAGACCAGCGGGGCACAGGCACAGAGAUGCCAUGUAUGGGGGCAGUUACAUGUAUGCUCCACUGCCACAUUCGUGGCACAAGUGUGGCUCCAGUAUUAACCUGGAAUGCCGCUUCUGUCGCCUCAAGUUGACGGGCCUCUUUGUUAAAGAUUCAGACACUGAGUUAAAUGGUAAGAGCUUUCAACCUUCACGCACGCUCCCUUUGCUUUUUCUUCCUUGAUUCCUGCCUGUUCAGUCCCCUUUCAGUGGAGAUUACUGUGGGGUUAUUUCUGUGUGUGAAUGUACGAACAGCCGUGCUGAAUCGGAGCAGCGAUUCAGUUUCCAAGUCAGAGGGCCUGUGCGUGCUCACAAGCAGGAUCUGAAGUCCCACUGCCUUCUCCUGCUUGUCUGCAGUACACAAAGGUACACUGCCUUUGGACAUGGAGUUUCUCCUGUCCUAUAUUGGCUUUGUGCGGCCCUAUAGUGGCUUUGUGGGAGUGGGAGGGGAGCCACUUCUUCUGACAUAAUUGUUUCAUUUGAAAAAUGGUUAGACAAGCAGUCCUGUUAAUACAUGCCUAUACAUCCUGCAGUGAUAACAAGAUUUAAUGUCUGCUUCUAGGAAUGGGUUGGGUUUGUGUAUAACGCAAAAAAAGAAAAAAAGAAAGAAAGGGUAACCUGUGAAACUGACAUGAUGUAAAAUGUGUUCUAAUAAUAAUUCAUAUUUCUGCUGACUGAACUUUGUGGUGCUGUGUUGAAGGAGAACCUCUUUUGACUGUUCUUUUCUGUACUCUUUUGAUCAAAGGGUAGCCUCUGAGGGUAAGUGACUAAGACUUCUCCUCUGCUGCCCAAUCGCUAUGGUGCAGGGAUAACUGCCGUCUUCAGUCAAACCAAAGCAGGCUCCACAGAGAGAAGGCUGGCUCUAGACAGGAACUACAUGAAUGACAGCCUACGGACGGAUGUCUUUGUGAGGUUUCACCCCGAGAGCAUCGCUUGCGCCUGUAUCUACCUUGCUGCUAGGACCCUGGAGAUACCGCUUCCAAGUCGCCCUCACUGGUUUCUACUCUUUGGAGCAACAGAAGAGGAGAUUCAGGAGAUCUGCAUAAAAAUCUUGCAGCUGUAUACUCGGAAAAAGGUGGAUUUGGCUGUCUUAGAAGGGAGAGUAGAGAAGAAGAAGCUGGCAAUCGAAGAGGCCAAAGCUCACGCAAAAGGCCUGUUAACGGAUGGAACACCCAGUUUAGAUGUUGGAUCAGGAUUUUCUCCUGCCCCCAAAACUGAAUCUCCAAAAGAAAAUAAAGGCACCAAACCUUCCCCACUUGCUGUGCAGGUGAUAAAAAACACCAAAAGGAAAAUGGAAGGAAUGAAAAGGGUGAAGUCGAACAGUCCGGUCAAUGGUGUUCAGAAAGGCAGAGAGAGCAGGAGUCGGAGUGGAAGUAGAGAUCCAAGCUAUUCCAGGUCCCCCUCAAGGUCGCCAACUCCAAAACAAAGGAAGAGCGAAAGCUAUUCCCCCUCCAGUGGCUCCAAAUCCCACAGUCGCUCAAGAAGCCGCAGCGAUUCUCCCCCGCGGCAGUUCAACCACAGCAGUUCCAGUUACAAAGGUUCUAAGGUGAGGAGCUACAAAAAGGCCCAGAGUUACAAGUACGCCUCUCCAAAGCAGCGGAAAUCACGCAGCAGGAGCUCCUCGCGGUCACGGAGCCGCUCACGGGAACGUCCAGACCACUCUGGGAAGUACAAGAAGAAGAGCCACUACUACAGGGAUCAGAGGCCCGAGCGGCCCCACUCGUAUGAGAGGCCCAGCCACCGCUAUGACAGAGACCAUCCAGGCCACAGCCGGCAUCGGAGAUGAGUAGGACUGGAGAGCAGCCGAAGGAUGCCCUCUGCUUCUGGAUUUGCUGGAGAGGGAAUGUGUCUAUUGUUGAAGUCAAAGGACUCGGGAACUCAUCUCCCGACUAGUUGUGUGCCCAUCCUGGCACCAGGGAUAUUGGAACAGGCUUACUUUGGAUAGUGUCCAUUUUACUUUCGCUGAAUCCUUUUGUAGAACUGUGGAAGGUUGUGUGCCGUUCCUGGAGCUUUCAUCUGUUCUUAAUACUGGACUGGAGACGCUGCUUCGCACUGUAGGAAUGGCAGUCAUGGUUCAGAAACUGUUGGCUACUUUGGAGAGAGUUGCCUUCACGCGGGCUGUUGAGAUGGUGACAUCCUUUUUCCGAAAGCAUUUUGGAAGCACAGCCUUUGUGGCAUUGCUGGGUGCUACCAAUAGUCUGUGUCUCUCUUUGGCUUUUUGUUCCCAACGGACAUAAUUGCGUUGUAUAACACAAGGUGAUAAUUUGAUUUUUAAAAUCAGUGCCUAUAUUAGGCAGACACUUUUUUUUUUGUAUAUAUAUGAUGUUAAACAGUAAGGACAGAGAAAGGCCUUAAUAUAACCCUUUAAACUUUACCCACAAAUUGCAAAUGCUUUGGGGGGGAGGGGCGCUUGCAACCUACAUAUUGAAUAUUGAGAACUUCAGAUUCCUUGACUGAAGACUGCUUUUUUUUCCCUUUUGCAUAAAGAACUCUGUGGAAAUGUGAAAACUAUUUAGAUUUUGUGUGUUGGAAGUGGUCUGUUUUUUAAACUGGUGGAAUGCCUGGUGCUGGCCACCAGCUCAGGACUUGGGCCAUUUUCAUAUAAUACAAUGUUUAUGUGGUUUAGAUAAACUCUCUACUCAGGAUCUUUAAAAACUCUGAAAAACUGAUAGCUUGUCCUCUGCUUGCUUGCUUAAGAGAAGGUGUUUAUAUUAAAAACAAAUAUACACAGCACAGGAAAUAUCCGUUUUAGUGGUAUUACCUGAGCUCUCUUCCUGUUCCCGGAUUUCAUUAAAGUAUUUGAUUUUGUAUUUAAAUA